AUGUUCGGAGGAUGGCCCGCCUCCACGAGUCCCUCCCGUCUGCUCUUGUCUGUUCUGGUCCGAAUCCCGGCCGGGAUGCUUUGCAGGGUAGGCGAUCUAUCGACUUUGCGGCAAGACACAAGCAAUCUCUCGUAUUCGUGGCGGCCGCAGCCAGAUCUCGAUGCGGACGAGACCCAGGACCCUGACAUCAGCAAGCAGGGCCAUUCACCACGCUUCAUCCAUGCCGACAAGUACCGCGACUUCGCGAGUACCGCUGGGCGGACGCCUCUGUCUCUCAUCAGGGAAACUGGAGGCAACAAUGUGCCUGUGGCCCGUAUUCCCACACAAAACUGCGUUUUUUCCUUCCACCUCGAUGCUUGA